CAUGGCGACACUUCCGCCGCGCUGUGUUUGAAGCUCCGUUUCGCGCGGAUCAAAAAUAAAAAUAAAGAUUAAAAUCAUAAAUGAUUGAAUAUUGAUAAAUAAACACUAAGAUCAUAAAUUAUUGAAUAUCGCCGGUUAAUCGCGGGUCGAGAUGGAGGGGGGGCGGAAGCUGAACGCGCCGCGGGACUUCACGCGGGCAGCAGGUGUGACUCGUCCAUCCUCCCCUGCUCUGCUGACCCCAUCUCAUUUCAUCCUGCCCUCUGCCCCCACUCUCGCGGCCCCACUGCCCCUCCUUCCUGCCCCAGCGUCCUCUGCAGCUGGACCGGGCAGGACACAGGCGCCGGACCCGUGGGUCAUCAUCACUCAGACUCAGCAGGAGCUGCUGGAGCUCCGGAGAGAAAACCAGAGACUCAAACUGCAGCAGCACAGAGACCCUCACAGCCCGGACCCCCAGAGCGAGGAGAGAGAGCGUCUGAGGGGGGAGAGAGAGGAGCUGAGAUCGGAGGUGGAGAGGCUGAAGGAGGAGCUCAGACAGCGAGAGAGGAGCCUCAGCAGGCAGCGAACGGAGCGCGAUGAGCUGGACGCUGAACUGAUUCGCUUUAAAGAAGAACUGAACCACAACAGAGAGAAGGUGUGUGAGCGUCACUCUGCAGAGAUUUCAGCUCUGACUCGUUCCAACACACAGCUGCAGGACACACUGACCGCUGCCACGCAGGAAGUGACCUCACUGAGACAGCAUGUGGAGGAAGUGACCUCAGAGAGAGAGAGGCUGCAGGAGCAGCUCAGCACUCAGAGCAGUGUAAUAGCUGAACAGACAGACACUCUGCAGAAACUGCGCAGUUACAUUGGAACUCAACAGCAGCAACACACCCUCACUCAGAAGCUGCAGAAGGAGAAUGAAGCUCUCUGUGUGUCUGUGGAGCUGCUGAAGGUUCGAGUUCAGGCUGCCAACGACAUCCUGGCUUUACAGGAGAGAGAACUGAGAGACGAGUGUGAUCCUCUCCAGAAGGACAGCGCAGCUGGCCGACUGCUGAGUUUGUGGAGAGAGAAAGUCUUCAUGCUCCUCGUACAACUACGAUCCAGAGAUUUACAACUACACACCGAGAAAUCGCAGCUACACAACACGGUCUGUGAUCUUCAGCUGAACGUUCAGAAGCUGCAGUCCCAGCUCAGCAUUUUGCAGCACAACCUUCAGGACAAAACAGCCCAGCUGGAGCUGCAGAAUCUACACACUCAGGAGCUGCAGGAGCAGUUGAGCAGCGCUGUGGAGGAGAACGAGAAGCUAAAAGAACAGAAGGAGAACCGAGAGAGAUCCUUCAGAGUCAUCACUGAUACUGCACACAGGGUGAGCGAGUGUGUAGGUCAGUGUGCAGGUCAGAUGGACAAGGCUCAGUUUCAGAUGGACAGUCUGACUCAGAGACUCUCCUUCGCCACCAAACGCCUCGACACUGUACACGGUCUGCUGUUGAGGAGAGAAGCUCUCCGUAAAGCCCAUCAGGUGUCCAAACCCCCCGACCCUGCAGCCUCAGACAGCCGUAUUGAGAGGCUGCAGUCAGAGGUGGCGCUGCUGAGCUCAGAGAGAGACGCGCUGACCCAGGAACUGAAGCGAACUCCAGAACUGAUCCAGAACGCUCUGAGUGACCUGCGGCAGCAGUUAGAGAGGGAGGUGGGCCUCCUGACGCAGGCCCUGUCACGGAGCAGAGCAGAGCUGGACGAGUGUGAGCUGAGAGGCAUAGAGGCUCAGAGACAGUGUGAGGAACGAGAGGAGACCAUCGCGGAGCUCCGUGCUGAGACCCAUCGCAUACAGCAGCACUGCGAGGGACUGGAGGGGACCAUCGCGGAGCUCCACGCUGAGGCCCAUCGCAUACAGCAGCACUGGAAGAGCCUCAUGCAGGAGAAGGUGUCAGAGGUGGAGAGUGUUUGUGCUAAGCAGCUGAGAGAGAUGGAGACUCAGCUCAACACAGCGAGGAGAGAGCACACUAAAGCAGUGGUCGCACUCCGGCAGGUGGAGAGGACGGCGGUGAGAGAGCGAGAGCAGGAGAGAGAGGCCGAGCGAGCGCGGUCAGAACUCACACACACACACAUCACUCAGCUACACAGUCAGCUGAAGGACAAGGACAGAGAGCGCAACGUCCUGCUGGCGGUGGUCCAGCAGCAGGGUCUGAUGAGUGAGUACAGGAGGAUGAGGAGAGCAGCUAUACAAACAUCAACAACACUGCAGGAGGAAGAACAACAUAAACAACAACAGCAACAGCAGCGCAGAGACACAGAGCAGCUGGAGGGCGCUGUGCUGAGUGUGUUGGGGGAGGUGCGCUCUCUCAGCUCCGCACUCGUCCACAGCUCGGAGGAGGAAAAGGAGGAGGAUGAGGAGGAGGAGGAAGGUCAGGGAGACAGAGUGACACACUGAACACUCUCCACUGUAAAAUUCUCUCUCACCUUUUAUUAAACUCAAAUAAAAUAUUUUUCAUUUCA